CGUAGAAACCACUAAAUAAAUGGAAAUAGAGAAUAAGAUGCACUUUUAAGCAUAAUGAUAAAAACUGGUUAUAUCUGUCAACGUUAAAUCCUCUAGGAAUCAACAGUGUGCAGUUUGAGAAAACCAAAGAGGCAAAGAGUAAAACCCUGAGGUUCACCUCAGAGAAACGUUUGGCCCAUGAUUUAAAAACCAUAAAGUGGAAAAUGAAGGGACCUAUCAGAUUAUUAUUGAGUGACUGCACUGAUUUGGCAUAAUGGACAAUGGUCUGGCAGAGAUCCUGACUGAAAUCGUUUUAUGGUUUCUGCUCCGUACCUCAGUCCUACCAUCCACAUAACCAUGACUGAAAACCACACCACUCUGAUAAAUGGCGACUGUGAGUCAGCCAGACAGCCCAGUGACAUCACCUUCAGUGCGAACAUCAGCCCCGCCCAAGGUCUACGAAGGAAACGUCUGCUGUGGCAGACCGCCGUCAGGAACAUCAUCGACCAGCACAACCUGUACUCUCUGAGGCUCGCUGGUGGCUUGGAGAGAGGCAGACACCGCAUCACCGUCACAGACGCCUACAUUGCUGACAUCAACAGGCAGAUACGCAACAAGACGUCUCGUGGUAAUUUUUGGCAGAAGCGUCGUUCGUCUGCAGCUCGAGUUCAUCCAGCAGCUCCAAGGAUUUCUGUACAAACACAAGUCGCACAACGUUUGCUUACCGAUGCCGACUUCUUUGUGUCACACGGAUCGACGAUCCGAGGCGUCUUCAUUCCUACCAUGCAGCUGACAUUCAAGUCUGCUGACCUGGAGUUGACCUACCAGCAGUUCUCCUCAGCUCAGCGAAGAACCUCUCUGGUUGUCACCAACCUCAUUGACAUCUUCAUCCGACUGUUCAUCUCUCUGGUGAUGUGGCCAACAGGCUGGGGGGCGAUGGCUUGUGACUGGCUGACCGGCCUGUCGCUCGUUCUGUGGGCGGGGGUCUGUGGCCUGGCAGUGGCAAACCAGGAGGUGAUGACUUCACCACAGUGGCUCAGGUCCCUGUCGGUGCUCACCUGGGUGUCUCAGACCGUCCAGGUGUUGGUCGGUGUUUUCAGCUGGGCUGAAACCGAUCACUCCUGGUAUGUCUUCUUCACUCUGUUCUCCACCUACACCCUGUUGCCGCUGCCCCUCCCAUGGGCGAUUGCUGCAGGGACAAUCACAUCCACCCUGCACCUCCUAGUGGAUGUCUGUUGGCACUACAGUGACCAAAUUCUGAUCAGAAGGGUGUUCUCAAAAGGCUUGUUGUACCUGGCGAUGAACACCGCCGGUAUCUUUAUGAACUACCUGUCUGACCGGACUCAGCGGCAGAGUUUUCUGGAGACACGGAGAUGUAUAGAAGGACGAGUCCGACUGGAGAGGGAGAACCAAAGACAGGAGCGUCUGGUAAUGUCCAUCCUACCACGCUUCCUGGUUCUGGAGAUGAUUGCCGACAUGUCUGCAGUGGACGAAUAUCUGCUGCCUCAACAGUUCCACAAAAUCUACAUCCAUCACUACAAGGACGUCAGCAUCCUGUUUGCAGACAUCAUCGGCUUCACGUCUCUCUCUUUGAUUCUUUCGGCUCAGGAACUCGUUAAAACUCUUAACGAGCUUUUUGGACGCUUCGACAGGCUGGCUGAGGAGCACCAGUGUUUGCGGAUAAAGAUCCUCGGCGACUGUUACUACUGUGUGUCUGGAGUCCCAGAGCCCCAGCGCGCCCACGCCCGCUGCUGUGUGGAGAUGGGCCUCAGCAUGAUCAGCACCAUACGGUAUGUCCGUCGGGAGCUGCAGCAGGAACUGGACAUGCGAAUUGGCGUCCACUCGGGUUCUGUCCUCUGUGGGGUGUUGGGUCUUCAGAAGUGGCAGUUUGACAUCUGGAGCUGGGAUGUUGACAUUGCCAACUGUCUGGAAGCUGCAGGAGUUCCAGGGCAGGUUCACAUUUCACAGGCCACUCUGGACUGUCUGGGUGGGAUCUAUGAGACAGAACAGGGCCACGGCCAGGACCGGAGCGAGUUUCUACGGAAACACAACGUUGACACUUACCUUAUCCGCCCGGCAACACGGGAGGAGGCCCAGCCCCCUAAAGCAAGGCGUCCAAGUUAUGAUGAACUGACAACUUGGAGUGCUGAGUUGCCAUUUGGAGACAUCCUGGGAAUGAAUUUCAUCCUGGCCACUUUCACCAAUGGCUCUCUCACCCAGCUGCCCAAUCACAUCGCAGCUCAGCGUUCCGGUUCACGGGAAGUGAACAAGAGGAUCCGUCAGGCAAUGGAAGUGCGAAGCAGCGAGCGAAUGAGGAAAGAGCACAUCACCACUUUCACUCAGGUGUUCAAGGACUCCCAAAUGGAGGGAAAGUAUUCUCAGAUGAGAGAUGAACUCUUCAAGUCUAACAUGGUUUGUUCCUUCAUCCUACUCAUACUGCUGAUGGCCGUCCAGGUGCUAAUUCCUGCACCAAGGUGGAGUCCGAUGGUGGCCCAGUUCACCAUCAGUGGCUUUGUCUACAUCCUGCUCCUGUUGUUGACUCUGGGGGAGGAGUUUAAACGUUGCCCCUCCCCCCUACAGUCACUCUGCUGCUGGGUUCAUGAAACCAAGUACGCACGAACUGUCCUCAUGCUAACCGCCAUCACCGUCAACUCUGUGAUCGCCUCUGUGAACAUCCUCUGGUGUGAUUGGUCAGAAUCCGGCGUUACUGAAGCGUUUGUGACUCCACCUCCCUCCAGAUGGUCAGACAUGAACAUCUGUACUCAUCCAGAGUUCAUGGUGCUGAGCGCGGUGGUCGCCAUGGUUACCUGUGCGGUGUUCCUCAGGCUGAGCUGCAUGCUGCAGCUGGCCUUCCUGCUGCUGACCGCCGGGUUCUACACCUACAUCAUCGAGACUCAGAGCUCCCAGCAGCUCUGCCAGGGGGGAGUUUGCCUGGUUCUCAUGACGAUGUUCGUGGUCGCAGUCCUCUACAACAGCAGACAGCUGGAGGCCAUGGCGCGGCUGGACUUCCUGUGGCGCCUGCAGGCCGGGAAGGAGGUGGAGGACAUGAAGGAGCAGCGUGAGCACAAUGAGUGUCUGCUGCUCAACAUCCUGCCGUCUCACGUGGCUCAGCACUUCCUGGAGAGAGACACCAACGACGAGGAGCUGUACGCCCAGUCGUACCAGCGGGUCGGGGUUCUGUUCGCCUCGCUGCCCGGGUUCUCUGACUUCUACGAGCAGAAGGAACUGGUCCAUCAGCACGUCGAGUGUCUGCGGCUCCUCAACCACAUCAUCAGCGACUUUGACGAGCUGCUGGAUGAGUGUUACUUCCAGGAGGUGGAGAAGAUCAAAACCAUCGGCAGCUCCUACAUGGCCGCCUCGGGCCUCUCACCUGACAGACAGGACAGCGACGACGGCUGGCGUCACCUCAGUGAGCUGGUGCUGUUCGCUCUGGCCAUGCAGGAAACACUGCGGCAGAUCAACACGCAGACUGGGAACCAGUUCCAGCUCAGAGUCGGUGUCGCCCACGGCCCGGUGAUCGCCGGUGUGAUCGGCGCCACCAAGCCGCAGUACGACAUCUGGGGGGCGACGGUGAACAUGGCGAGCCGGAUGGAGAGCACCGGGGUCAGCGGGAGGAUCCAGGUCCCAGAAGCCACCAGCUGCAUUUUGGUGGAGCAGGGCUUCCUACGGCAGCUCAGAGGGGACAUUCAUGUGAAGGGCGUCAGUGAGCGACAUGGAAAGGUUCGGACCUUCUUCGUGAGUAAUCGGGACGAGCGGUCCAGCUUCGUGGAGCGCGGCGGUGGGCGGGGCUUCAGCAUGAACAGGAACACGCUGGGAGCGGUGGUCUACAGCCUGGUGCAGGCCAGGAAGAGGGAGAGGCUGAGGGAGGAGAACGGAGGCUUCCACCUGGUCCAAGCCUCAUGA